ACCAGAUGGUAUAACCGUCACUUCGAAAUACACAGGAAAAAACGCAUGUGAGGUGGGCCCCACUUCCGACUUCCUAAUUUCCGGUUUAAACGGCCUAAAUUAUCGUGAGUUUUUUAAACCUUCACCCUCCGAGCCAAAAACCCCCCAGCGAAGCCAAAACAGGAAAAAAUAAUGAUAAUAAUUCUAAAAAAAGGCUUAAAAAUUACUAAUUAUUAAAAAAAAUCCAAAAUUAUCUGUAAAUCAAGAGAAGACCUUGAAUGAGAAGCUCUUUCAGAUCGAGAAGGGAGGCAAUGGCGUCAAACAUUUAAAGAACCUUCCUUUCUUUGUCUUCCCCGAUCCAUUAAUAAAGGCCUUCACAUCGAACGGAAUCGGAUUUCAAAUGUUGUAAUUUUUUUUGCCUUUCGAUUUGGUACGCAUUUGAAAUCUUACGCAUUCCCUUUGGAAAGAUCGAUGUUUGUUUGCUUUUUUGCUCGGGAAUUGAAGAUUCGCCUCAAAUUCUAUCUUCUUUUUGUGUCUUGAGGAGAAUUUACGAUUUAUUGGCUCCGCAUUGAUUGAAAAUCGCACGGAUCCCCGCGAAUCUGGCUUUUUCAAUGUGCUGUUUUGGUGUUUUCUCGAUCGUGUCUUUGAAUCGUCAUUCCUGUCGAUAAAGAGCUAAAAAAGAUCAAAAAUAAAAAUUUUACUUCAUUUAUUCUUUGAGAAUCCAUUUAAUGCGUGAAGAGUGACUUGAAAUUGAGAGAGAAGAUAGCCGGUUACAUCCAAGGUUGAAAGAUGGAUCCUUUAGCUGCGGUCAGCGAAGAGCUAGCGGAGAUCGACGGACAAAUCGCCGACAUUUUUCGAGCUUUAUCAAAUGGAUUCCAGAAACUGGAGAAGGUUAAGGAUGUUAAUCGGCAGAGUAGGCAAUUGGAAGAGCUUACCGACAAGAUGCGAGAAUGCAAGAGGCUAAUCAAAGAGUUUGAUAGAGAAGUGAAGGAAAUGGAGAGUAGAACUGAUGCAAACACCCACAGAAUGCUGAACGAAAAGAAGCAGUCGAUGAUUAAGGAGUUGAAUUCGUAUGUUGCCCUUAAGAAGCAACAUCAAAGCAAUCUUGAGAACAAGAAUCGAGUUGAUCUCUUUGAUGGGCCUAAUGAAGGCUUUGGGGAAGAAAAUGUCUUGCUAGCGUCAUCUAUGACAAAUCAACAACUAAUGGAUAGAGGAAACCAAAUGAUGGAUGAGACUGAUCAAGCCAUUGACAGGGCUAAGAAGGUUGUUCAAGACACCGUUGAUGUUGGGACAGAGACUGCUGCAGCUCUCAAGUCUCAGACUGAACAAAUGAGCAGGAUAGUUAAUGAGCUGGAUUCUAUCCAUUUCUCAAUCAAGAAAGCAUCUAAAUUGGUCAAAGAAAUUGGUAGGCAGGUUGCCACUGAUAAGUGCAUUAUGGCAUUGUUGUUUCUUAUUGUCAUUGGUGUCAUAGCCAUCCUAAUCGUUAAGCUUGUGAACCCAAACAACAAGGACAUCCGGGAUAUUCCAGGCUUAGCACCACCUGCUAUGAGCCGACGGCUACUUUGGACUCCUAAUUGAAGAAAUAGAACCAGCUACCUGUU